AUGUCAUUACAACUAACAAACUUUUCAAAUGAUGAAAAGUUUGUAUUUAUUUGUUAAUUAGAUAUGCUUUUUGUUUGUUAUUAUUUUUGAAGAGUCUAUGUUUUCUUUUUUCUGCUUCGUAUAGAUUAAUUUACGAAUAUAAAUAUCUGUUAUCCAGAAUUUAAAAGUUUUAUAUUUCUACGAUGGAAGAAGUAUUUAAAGAUCCGGUGCCAUUCUCAAAGGGAGUAAGACUACAGGAUCUCAUUAAUGGAGAGUCAGAGUUCCACAUCGACCUGGAUUUUAAGAAAACUCAAAUGGGUUUGAUGGGGGCCUGUGACGACGACUUGUUCCCAGAUAUGGAGGAGAAUGAUAACGAUACAGAUGACAUGAAACUAUUGGAGGAUUCUAUGGAGGCUGUGGUUCUGUCGUGCCCCGAAUAUCGCAGCUUUGACGAUUUAGCAUCUAAAAUGAUUGACUGUGUGCCCAGCGGUGAUGUAAAGAUGUUGAUUAUUGAAGAAGGUUCUGGAUGUCUCAUACCCCCGGAUGCGGUUGUCACAGUCCACUAUGCCGCAUACUUUGAAAAGGCCAGAAUCCCCUUCGACUCUACACUCACCAUGAACAAUGGGUUGCCAUUGAAAAUGCAGCUAGGGAAGGGCCGUUUCAUACCCGGGUUAGAAAUAGGCCUCACAUGUGUCCACGGACCGAAGGCCCAUUUUCAAUUGAUGCUGUCUCCUCGGGUGGCGUGGGGCGAGAGGGGAGCCCUGCCUCGUAUUAGGCCUGAUCGAGCCCUAUUUGUUAUCCAGCUAUAUGAUGUUACAGACGUCUCGGCCCCAGCAAGGUUCAACGACCUACCGAUGGAGGAACAGAGACGGUUCCAGGUGACAAUGGAGACAGUGAAAUCAAUACAUUCCCAGGCCAAGGAGCUGUACUCCAAGAAGAAAUACCUAAAGGCCAUAAGAAACUACCAGCAAUCAGUGUCGAUUCUGAACAUAUCCAACACUCGAGACGAAGAGGAAGAGAAUAAUGUGAAAGAUUUAAAAAUUAAAGCCUACAUCAACCUCGCUGUCUGUUAUUACAAACUCAACAAACCCAAAUACGUCCUCAACAUGUGCGAAAGCCUAGACUAUCUCACAGACACGGACAAACACAGCAAAAUACUGUUCUACUACGCCCGAGCUCACGAAAUGCUCAACAAAUACGACCAAGCCGUGACGUAUUACAGAAAAGCACUAAAAAUCGAACCGCACAACAAAGAGAUAGGCGACGCGUUGACAAAUUUAGAUAAAUACAAUAAAAAAUCAGCUGUCACAGAGAAAGAAAUAUGGCGGAAUGUGUUCAAAACGGAUGUAGAUAAGAAGGUACGAUAUAGCGUUGAUCGAGAUUUUCAAAAUGGCGUCCUUGACAUGUGUCAAGAAUUGGCGGGAAAGGUUGAGUACUCGAGGUUUGAUUUACCAAGCGGCUUGACGAAGGAUGAGCUCGAAUGUAUCAAGGACUUAUGUUCAAAAUUCGAAGGACUGGUUGUCAUGGAAACCGGAGAGGGCAAGAAAAAAAACGUGUCCAUUGUAAAGAGGUUGUCGAGUUGAGGUUUUAAUUUGUAUUAGAGGUUUAAAAAGUGAAUAUAUUUUUAUUUUGAUUAAAUGUAUUCUAUUAAA